AUGCCCUUCUUGCCUGGCAUCUCCUCAUUGAGAGCUUCCUGCUUGAAGGUUCAGAUGCCUUUAAAGGGGCGAAACUUCUUCUUCCCCUUGGCUUUUCAGACUCAGCAGAUUCCCAGCGGCAUCUUCAACAACACUCAAGUCAUCAUUGGUGGCCAGUCCCAAAUUGUGACUAUCAACUGGCAAUGGCGUGUGGCUGUCAUUGAGCAAAGGAACAUCAGCGGGUCCUGGAAAACCAUCUGGAACUACGACACGGGUGUCAUUGCAACCAAAGCCCCACAACAGAACGCCUGCUACAUUUCCAUCAUGAACAGAAGCCAGAUGCCCCUCUUUGAUAACCUGGCCCGCCUGGCAGAAGAGAGCAGGAACAUGAUUGGCCUCUUUGGAAGACAUACCGAGAUCACCUUUGUCACCAGUGGACUGGUCAACAACCUCUACUCCUACGGAAUAGAGAUCAUGGCUAUGUGCAGUGGACUCCCCACCUACAUGGCUACCGAAGUUAACACUUUCCAAGGACCCCAGGUGAAUCUGGGACCAUGCAUGACCCUCGAUGUCCUGAGAGUUGUAGAGCUGAAGUACUGCAAUAGCAACGGCAAUUGGAAUGGCAUCUGGAACAACAAUUGUCAUAUUUCCAUCUCUGGUGUCUCACAAAGCAUAAGCAUCAAUAGCGAAACACAGGAAGCAACUAUGGAGCAAAAUAGCAACGAUUUGUCUUGGAAAACCAUCUGGAACUUCAACAGGGGUAUCAUUGCAACAAAAGUGAUGCCAGAGAGAACAUGCUACAUUUCCACCAUGAACAGGAAUGAGAUGCCUACCUUUGCUGCACUUGUCAGAAUGGCUGCAGAGAGGGGGAACCUGAUCAGUGGUUUUGGAAGACCUACCACGAAGAUCGCCUUUGUCACCGAUGGAUUGGUCAGCAACCUCAUCUCCUAUGGAUCAGAUGUCUUCUCUAUGUGCAGUGGACUCACCACCUACAUGACUUAUGAAGUUCAGGUACCCCAGUACAAUCAACAAUUAUGCCUUGCACUUAACGUCUUGGGACUUGUGGAGCUGGAGUACUGCAAUGGCAAUGGACAGGUUGGAGAAUCUUAUCUUUCUUGA